AUGCUACGAGAUCAAUCUCCAGCGACGGAAAGCUUUGCCAGCUACUCAUAUCGCAUGGAUCAGAUGGACCUAGCAGGUGGUACUAACGGUGGUGCAGUUUCAAAGAGUGAUGUAGAUUCCAAGCGGAUUCUUGCCGAAGAGGGAUUGGUAUGUGCGUCUGGAUUGGACGAACUACAGAGAAUAACGGGUACUGGCUUAUGA